AUGUCCCCUCAUCAAACCAAGUACGUUGAGCUUCACUACAUCUCUUUGUUUGGCAAUCACUAGGAGUUUUUCGCAGAGCCGACGGAAAACGAGGGCGAACAAUUGACCGGAGAAGCGCUUGUCGACUAUGUCAAUACUCAUCAAACAUUUUACGAAGUUAAAUAUCGAUCUGAUGCUGAGGAAUUUGUCAACGCUCGUAUUAUGCACUUGAACUAUGUGGAGGAAGACGACUUGCUGAAGUAUAAAUCUGACCUUGGCGAUGAUCCGAUUCCCGAAAGUUUUGAUGCUCGUGAGAAGUGGCCAGAGUGCAAGUCAGUGAUUGGUCGUAUUCGCGACCAGUCUAAUUGUGGUACGUCCAAAUUCUUAAAAUUUUACCAUACUUAA